GCAGCGUACUUGUUUUUCUUUUUUUCUCUCUCUUCAAGUCGUCUAACAUCGCCUCUGAUUUGGAGUUUUUACACCGGCCCUACUUUUAUUGCUUGUUUUAGUUGGAUUGUAGCUUAGAUAAAGACUCGGACACAGAGAUCGAGAUGAUGUGAUGAGUUAACGGUACAUGAUUACGACUGAAAAGCUGUUACUGGCUUCGAGAGAGAGAGAGAAAGAGAGAGAGAGAGAGAGAGAGAGAGAGAGAGAACGACUUCUGGGAUGAUUUUCAAUCGGAAAUUAAGAAAAGAUGGUUGGGACUGAAUACUGGGUAUUGUAUAUAAAAACAAGGAGUGGAUAGCUGGAAUUGCUUACUUGAUGCAGCUAAAAAAAAUCGGUACUUGUAUUUACUGUGUAUUUAUUUUAGUUUAAUAACUCAUUGAGUGAGUGUUGAGACUCGACGCCAGUGUGUGUGUGUGUGUGUGUUUACUCUUGUAACUUGCAGAAGCAGCGACGUGUAUUUGCUACUUCUCCGUUUAUGGGUGGUCCAAAUCAGGAAGAAGAGAGACACGUCUUUACUAAGGGAUCCGUGUUUUAAUAAGAUUGAAUAAGAAACUACACACUGGUUGUGUAUCAUGUCUACAUGAUGUAAUGGUUCUCAGUUAGGAAUACAAGAUGUUGCCUUAUUUCCAGUUCAUCUCAUUCACAAGGCAGUUCUCAGUACAGUGACUUGAGUGCCUGGGAGAGCCUUAGCUGCCCCCCCUCUCUGUCAUUCAGACUACUCCAGAGGAUCCAUUCUUAGAGCUUGACUGUCAAUCAUGCGUCUGUCUCCGUUCCUCACCAUCUUCCGGCCUGCCCUGCCUCUCAUCCUGGGUCUUUCUCUGGGCUGCAGUCUCAGCCUGCUUAUGGUGUCCUGGACGCAGGGGGACACGGAUGAAGUGUGCAGUGAUCCUCUGCGUCUCGGACUUCUUCAGGGCACCCGUGUCGGAGAACCCCAGAGGGCGGACGAAGGGGACAGGAACGAGGAUUUCCAACCUCGCAUUGUUCCCUACCAUAAAGAUCCCAGCAAGCCUCAUAAGAAAGUACUCAGGACCCGUUAUAUCCACACUGAACUUGGCAUCCGUGAGCGCCUCCUGGUGGGCAUCCUGACCUCGCGUGCCACCCUGAACACGCUGGCCGUGGCGGUGAACCGUACAGUAGCCCAUCGCUUCCACCGCACCUUUUUUUUCACCGGCCUUCGCAGUGCAAAGCUGCCUCACGGCAUGACCGUGGUGGCUCACGGAGACGACCGACCCGUCUGGCUCAUGUACGAAACCAUCCGUCACCUGCAUCAGCACCAUGGCAACGAAUAUGAGUGGUUCUAUCUGGCCCAGGACGACACGUACACACAGGCGGAGCGCAUCAUGAACCUAGUGGGGCAUUUGAGUUCGGGGCAGGAUCUCUAUAUGGGCCGGGCUGAAGAGUUUAUCGGCGGGGAAGAGCGAGCUCGUUAUUGCCACGGCGGCUAUGGAUACCUGUUGUCACGGAGCCUCCUGGCCCGGCUACAGCCACACCUCGACUCUUGCCGCAACGAUAUUCUGAGCGUCAGGCCUGAUGAGUGGCUGGGUCGCUGCAUUAUCGACUUCCUGGGACUGAGCUGCAUGGAAAAGCACCAGGAGAUGACCUACUAUUACUUUGAGCUGCAGAAAAACGCAGACCCCGAGCGAGAGGACAGCAUCCAGUUCAAGAACGCCUUCAGUGUGCACCCAGUCUCAGAGCCGGCUCUCAUGUAUCGCUUACACAAACGCUACAGUCAGAUUGAGCUGGAAUGGACCUACGCCCAAAUACAGCAGCUACAGGUUCAAAUCAGCAAUCUGAGCGAGCUUACUCCGGACGGCAAAGCAGGAGCCACUUGGCCUAUUGGCGUCAACCCGCCUUUCCAUCCCAAGACUCGAUUCGAAGUAAUCAAUUGGGAGUAUUUUACAGAAGAGCACAUCUUCUCCUGCGCCGACAGCUCCCCAAAGUGUGAGCUCCGUGGAGUUGAUCGUGCAGAUGUCAACUCCAUCUUGGAGACUGCUGUGGAACGUUUAAACGAGCGCUACCAACCACAGCUGCGUUUCCGAAAGCAGCGUUUGUUGAACGGCUACCGCCGCUUUGACCCCACACGUGGCAUGGAGUAUAUUUUGGACCUGGCCCUUCAGGCCUUCACACAAAAAGGCCACAGUCAGGUGAUCGCCAAGCGUGUGGGCUUGCUAAGGCCACUCAGUGCCAUAGAGAUCAUUCCAAUGCCUUAUGUAACCGAAGCAACGAGAGUACAGGUCAUCCUUCCGGUGACAGCGCGGGAUCAGGACUUUGUAGGCAACUUUUUGGACACGUAUGUAAUGAACACUUUGGACACACGGGACAAUGCUUUGUUGACCUUUCUUUUUGUGUAUGACCCCUUCGAUGCACAGAGGGUCAGCCAGACUGAUGUCUUCGCUAGCGUGAAAUCUAUGAUUAGCGAGGUGGAGAAACGCUACAGCGACGUGAAGAUCCCAUGGAUCAGUGUCAAAACAGAGGUUCCCUCACAGGUCAAACUGAUGGACAUCAUCUCCAAGAAGCAUCCAGUGGACACGCUUUUCUUCCUAGCCAGCGUCUGGACCGAGGUCACCGGUGACUUCCUAAACCGCUGCCGCAUGAACGCCAUCAGUAACUGGCAGGUCUUCUUCCCUGUUCAUUUCCAGGAAUACAGCCCAGCUCUAGUGUAUCGUGACCAGCAACCUUCUGCAGCAUCGUCGUUUUCCUCAGAGGCGCUCAGAGACGGCCGCUUUGACCGGCACGCUUUUGAGGAGGCCUGUUUUUACAAUGCAGAUUACAUGGCCACCCGUACCAAAAUGGCCACUGACAUCAUGGACAAUGAAGAGUUGCUGGAGAGCAUGGAUGUUUAUGAGAUUUUUGUGCGCUACUCAAGCCUACACGUCUUCCGGGCAGUAGAACCAGCUCUGAUCCAGAAAUAUGUGCGGCGAGCCUGCAACCCCCGUUUCAGUGAAGACAUCUACCAUCGUUGUGUGCUGAGCAAUUUAGAGGGGCUGGCUUCACGAUCACACUUAGCUAUGGCUUUGUUUGAACAAGAGCAGGCAAACAGCACCUAGGACAUGUGGCUGGAAAGGGAGGUAGACAUGGCUAAUGGGGAAUGACAUUCUGCCAAUGUAACUGGCCUUACUGGACAUUAGUCUGCAAACUGUGAAAGCCAAACCUUAGUCCAUGAUGAACUUGUUGAACGUACAGGAUAUCUGAGAAUAUAAAAUGCAAGACUGUUUCAAUAAAACAAAUCCACUUAAAGCAA